AUGUCUCGACGAAUUGGUUGGCCUUCGCACAUGCCAGAAGAUGUAUGGGCAGAGGUUGCACAUGAUAUUCCUGCGAAAGAUGAGCCAUUCAUCAAACAGUAUCUUUCUGGCCAGGAGGCAUUGAUUACAGAAGAAAAGAAGCAGCGGAGCGACCAUGCUUUCCGCGAGACCCUCUCCCCCAUGGCCAAAGAAGCCUGCGCAAUAGUUGACAGGAUCCGAGACGAGGAGAAGCGUACGAUAUGGACGUCAGAAUUCGAAGACCACAUGGCGCAGGAGACAGGCGCAAACGUAUACCCUGGAAUGAUGUUCUCUCUGGCAAAGGAGAGGAUGGAGAAGACAAAAUUAUGGCAGAUCAUCAGGCGGAUGCCAAAGGGCGCUCUGCUACACGCCCAUAUGGAUGCUAUGGUGGAUUUCGACUACCUGUAUGACGUUCUGUUGAAGACACCGGGAAUGCAUAUCCGAAGUCCAAAACCAUUGGCCACCCAAACGGAUCUUGAAAUCAGCGAGUUCAACUUCCGAUUCUUUAAGGCCGAGAAAGGAAUUGAUGCCUCAAUUUGGAGUCCUGAAUAUGUGCCACAUACCCCGAUUCUCCUCACCAAAGCAGCAGAUGCUUUCCCAAAUGGCGGAAGAAAUGGCUUUCUAUCCUGGUUGAAGGAGAGAACUACCAUCACACUCAACGAGUCGAUUGAGCACCAUCACGGUGUUGACGCCGUAUGGAGGAAGUUCCAAUCCUGCUUUAUCAUUCUCAACUCAAUUAUCUUCUACGAGCCUAUUUUCAAGCUAUUCAUGAGACGAAUGAUGCAGCAAUUAGUUGCCGAUGGAGUCAGAUGGGUCGACUUGAGACUGGCAUUUGCCUUCUACUACUACCGCGAAGGCUCGGAAGAGCCAGAACCGACAUAUGAUAGGAUGUUCAAGAUAUUUGGUGAAGAAAUUGAAAAAUUCAAGGCUUCCGAGGAAGGAAGAGAGUUCUGGGGAACUCGAAUGAUCUGGACUGGACUCCGAGCACUUGAUACUAGAAAGAUCGUUGAGGACAUGGACGCUUGUAUUGCAAUCAAACUCGCAUACCCCCAUCUGGUGUCUGGUUACGAUUUGGUUGGUCAAGAGGAUCCGGGUCGACCGCUGAAAGACCUACUCCCAGAGUUAUUCUGGUUCAAAAAGCAGUGCGUUCAAGAGGGAAUCGAAUUACCAUUCUUCUUCCACGCGGGAGAAACACUCGGUGAUGGGAACGAUACUGACCAGAACCUCUUUGACGCUGUUCUCCUCGGCACCAGAAGAAUUGGCCAUGGAUUUUCCCUUUUCAAGCACCCUCUCCUCAUCGACAUGGUUAAGGAAAAGAAGAUUCUCGUUGAGAGUUGUCCGAUCUCUAACGAAAUCCUCCGUCUCUGCGCAUCAGUCAUGUCUCACCCCCUCCCAGCACUACUUUCUCGCGGCGUUGCUUGCUCUCUUUCCAACGACGAUCCAGCUAUUCUGGGGCAGGGUACUAACGGAAUGACCCAUGACUUCUGGCAAGCUCUCCAGGGCUGGGAAAACCUUGGAUUGGCUGGUCUCGGCUCCUUGGCUGAGAACAGUGUCCGAUGGGCAGCUUUCGAGGACCAAACCCAAGCAGAAUGGGUUGCCGGCAUCAAGGAAGCUUCACUUGGAAGUGGGAUGAGAGCUCAGAGGAUGCAGCAGUGGGCUAUCGAGUGGGAGCAAUUCUGUCUUUGGAUCGUCACUGAGUUCGGAGAUGAUGGUGAGAGUGUCCAAAAUCUGCGUCAAGAAACGAGCCUCGAUACUCAAAAUUAG